AUAGGGGAGGCGAUCGCCUGUUCCUGGUCCGGGCUGCAAAUUGUUCCUGUCAGACUACACAGCAGCCCGGCAAAUCAAGUCGUCAGAUCGACGCUGGCUGAAACGCUUUCGUAUCCUACAAAGGCAUAGAUAUUCAACUGAAAUCCAAAAUACGACGCUGCAGAUAACCUGAAAUAACCUGAAAUGCGCGGACUGAAGAUUCCUGCCUCAGGCUGCCAAAGUCUGGAUUGCCAAUUUGUGUUGCCAGUCUGUAUUGCUUCAACUCGAUGAGUUGUGAGUCAUUCUCAUCCGACAUCGGUUGAUCAGCCAUCGAGUAGACAAAAUAUCUUCUCCGCGCAACAAUCGAGUAUCGAUAUGCAUUUCCUCAAACAAUGGCAACCAGCAACUUUCGCAUCGUUCCAGCGCAGACACCAGAGCAUAUCGCUACGGCUAGAGAACUGUUCACAGCCUACGUCGAAUGGCUGAAUAUCGACCUUAGCUUCCAGAGCUUCCAGUCCGAACUGGCCUCGCUGCCGGGGAAGUAUGGAGCUCCUCAUGGAGAGCUUCUUCUUGCUUACAGCCCAGACAACACCCCUCUAGGCUGUGUCGCUGUCCGUUCUCUCAGCGACGAAGAUAAGGGACCGGCUUGCGAAAUGAAACGGCUGUACGUUUGCCCCGAAGCACGAGGCAUGGGGCUGGGGAAGGCCCUGAUAGCUGCGAUUGUGCAGCGCGCAAAGGAACUGGGAUACACAGAGAUGAGGCUGGAUACGCUCCCUUCCAGGAUGCAAGGUGCUAUCCAAUUGUAUACCCGGGCAGGCUUCGUCGAGACACAUCCUUACUACGAGACUCCCAUGGAGGAAACAAUCUUCCUCAUGCUCGACCUUACACAAUAACCGGGAUUAAAAGGGGGUAUUAUGAGGGCGAAUGCAAGAAAAAAGUAAUCGCGAUUCACUGUCUCCCGACUCAGACUGUUGAGCUUGAACUUUUGAUUUCGGAGCACCCAUGGCAGUUUGAUUGCCUCGUGGCCGAAAAAGUGUCAUCAUAGUCGAGAGACGAAUGUGAUCGGAGCUUGCACAUAACCAAGCUGUCGGUUUGGAAAUUGUUUGGUUCUACGGAGUAACAUUGUUUUGUUGAAGAUGGAGACUGAGAAAAUCCUGCAGGAACUUUUUCGGUUUGUGUGUUUUUAACCAAGUCGCUGCUUACCUAAGCGUGUACUAGCGAUGUUAGCUAGCUAGUUAACUAUACAUUUAGUUAUAUUAUUUCCUAAGAG